UCGUUAACGUCGUUGCGUUAACGUCGCAUCGUUCACAAUACUCCACGUCUUUCAUAAGCCAACAUGACGUUAAAACACAAAUGUCUUUUAAUUUUAUCUCUGUUUCCUAUAAUUUCUCAAGUAUGUACUCAAACCUUGGAUUAUAAGUAUUAUAGAGCACUGGAUUACGACAGGAAUUAUGUCAUGGGGUGGCGAUUUAACGACACGCACAUUGAUUUCGAGCUGACGGUGAACACAUUGGGAUAUGUGGGCUUCGGGUUUUCAGAUGUUGGGCUGAUGAAUCCCGCAGACAUACUUAUAGGAUGGAUCUCCGAAGGAAACAUGUAUCUCGGAGAUUAUCACACGUUGGCAGACUCACGCACACCGUACAAUGACACCUCGCAAGACUGGGUUAUUCAGGACGGAAAGGAAGUUAAUGGGACAACCAUUCUCAGAUUUUCACGACAGUUGGUCACGUGUGAUGACGGUGAUCGCCCAAUUACGAAAGAUCGUAUACAACUGAUUUGGAGUUUUGGCGGGGAAGACCCGGAACUAAGCAACGGGCUGGUACCCUAUCAUGGAGAAACAAAGCGGGGAUCCACCAGUAUCAUUCUCCUGGAAAGUGACGUCAUGCCAACAAGCUUUCCACCAGCAAAUACCUUCUCCAUACCUCUGAAAAAUCACGAGUAUAUAAUUCCUGCUACUGGAUCCACUUUACAGUGCAUUGUUUUUGACCUCAAAAGCAUGAUACCCGAAGGGCAUUUGAUUAAGUAUGAAGCAGAUAUAACACCAGGGAACGAAGCGUUUGUUUACAGAAUGAACCUCUAUAAAUGCGAUUUGAAUGACCCGUCCUUGACCUAUUCAAGAUUUGAAUGCGAGAACGAGGCUCCAAAUUCCGUCAAAUCUUGCAAGAAUAUUGUGGCAACCUGGUCAAUGGGAGCACAGAGCUUUCAUUUUCCUGAAAAUGUUGGUAUCCAAAUAGGAGGACAAAAUGACGCUUCAAGUUACGUGCUAGAAAUCCAUUAUUCCAAAUAUCAAGAGACUAUAGAUCAAAAUGGAGUCCCUAUGGCGAUUCCAGACAGUUCUGGUCUGCAGAUCACCUACACAACUUCACCUAUUGCACACCAAGCCGGUAUGCUAGAGUUGGGUAAAGUGAUCAGCCCAGGUUGGAGGCAAAUUAUUCCAGAACAGGAAAAUUCAUUCACAUCUACGUCGGUCUGCUCACCAAGGUGUAUGAACUGGGGAUUUGCAACAGACAAAACGCCAAUGAAGGCAAUAGCAGUUAUACUGAAAGGAAAUGACGUAGCCUCUGCAAUAAAAGUACGUCACUUCCGGGGGAAUCGGGAAUUGCCGUGGAUUACUGUAGACCGGAAGUUUUCUAACUUUCAUCAAGCACCAAGGUUGCUAACUACUCCCGUAACUAUAGAACCGACGGACACACUUAUGGUUGAAUGUACUUUCAACACCUCCACUAGGACAUCAAUAACAGUGGGUGGCUGGUCCCGUGUUGAAGAGACAUGCCGGGCAACAGUCGUGUAUUAUCCCGCCAAACCUUUCGACAUGUGUCUCAGUUGGUCCAGUUAUGAUAAUCUGUAUUCUACAAACGGUACCAAGAUUCCUGAACAAAGAGCUGCGGCUUUUCUCGGAAAUGUGACACAAUGGGACGCCCCUAUGAAACAACAGUUAAGGAACGCUCUCGAAACGUCCAGUGAAAGAUCAAUCUGUUCCUCUAUGACGAGACAGCCAGCAUAUGCAAUAGACCGCUAUAAUUUACCAGCUGGAAGCGUAGCAUACAAGGAACCAGACUCUUCUUGUGUUACACCUCUUGUGUAAAGAUUGUAUGAUUAAUGAUCGAGCAUGGAACCAGUCUGGUAUAUAGCCAGUCCACAGGCGAAACUCUGUCAUUGAUGAGAAAUUGCAUUGAAUUAAAUUAAUUCAGAAACAAUAAAAGAAAUAGACGAAAAUGAGA